GCUACGUGACGGUGGUGGGCUUCGUCACCUUCGCGGUGUGUUACCGGUACGGCCCCCUGGUGGACGAGAAGAGCAUGAAAAGGCCUGUUCGGCCUGCUGCUGGUCUACCUGGGGAUCCAGAUCCAGCAGGUGGCCUUCGCCGUCAUCGUGGCCGCGCUGAUCUCCAAACACCUGGAGCACCCACUCAGACUCUCUGUGACCGCCUGCAGACGUUCCCAGUUCACCCGUACUACACGUUUGAGCUUACCGGGCGGCUCAGAGCUGCAGUUCGCUGGAAGACGGAGCCUCGCCGCCUGCUGACGGAGGAGGAGUUCCAGCGGGAGGCGGAGGAAGAGACUCGUAAAGCUCUGGAGGAUCUGAGGAAGAACUUCAGCAGCCCCGAGUUCAGAUCCUGGAGGACCGUGGCCCGCCUGCAGUCCCCCAAAAGGUUUGCAGACUUCGUGGAGGGCUCUCCUCACCUGGUGUCCAACGAGGUGUCGGUGCACGCGCAGGAGUACGGCUUCGGAGGGUCCUUCUUUGAGGAGGAGUUCUUCGACACGGACGACGAGGAAGACGACGACAUGAAACCUCUGAAGAUCCCGGAGUGAGGCGACGCUUUGUGGAGAAUAAAGAGACGAUUUAAGUAUUGCCUUUCAGGACAAACGAUGAGAGGAGAGCCGCUCUGCGCGAGCUAACGUCCGGAGAGAGGAGGACACGGAUCGUGGUCUCCAGAGAAAUGACAGGAAGUGGAGAGGACUAAAGACGAAGUGAUGGAGCUUCAAAGGAUGUAAACAAACUCUUUGUUUAGGGAGAAUCUGACGGUACUCGGUGAUCGGGAGCGCUUUCUUUUGGAGGUAAAAGCUAAUGUUUUACUGUGUGAUGGCAGCGUGUGCCGGCCAGAGAAUGCAAACACUUGAGGAAAUAAAAAGUGGGUUUUUUCUGAUUAAACUAGAUUUAUCUUUUAUCUCAAUGGGAAUGAAUUCUGCUCUGUUUUUCUGAAUGACUGAAAAAUCCCAAAAGAAGCUUUUCCUGAUUUCCUAGAAGUCCCACCUCGUCACUUCUGCCAGGGUUUCAGCCCUGAUCGUUGCAGGUGCAUCUUUUUAAGUCUCUGAAUCAUCAGGAUCUAGUGGUCACAGAUCAGAGCAUGUCUGUGUUGUAUUGAGACUCAAGUGUCUCCCAAUAUCUACCAAAACAAGGGGUUGAAUGUAAAGCUUCUUUGCAUGAAACGUACCCUUCAACUGAGGCUGAAUAUGUGCCUUCGUUCAUUUAUAAAUAAGAAGUCUUGUGAUUAAUAAUCCCCCAUCAGUUUUGCAAUUCUGCUUUAUUUGUUUUAUUGAACAUU